AUGGUAGAAGCAGAAUCUGAUAGCUUUACAGAUUUAACGGGCAAAAAUGGCAUAUAUCUAGAUAAUAAUAAUACCAACAGUAUUGGAUCAAGUGAAAGCAAUUCUUUUAGUCAGGAAGAUCUUCAAAAUGAAGCAGAGCUGUCAAAGACGGCAGAUACAGUUGUGAGGCAAGUAGAUGCAGAUUUAGAACAAUACACUAAUUGUAUUUCACUCGGAAGAGAAGCUUUAGAGGGGGAUACCUCUAUUAUCAUUACCAAACAAGCUACAGAGGAUACUAUGAGUAGUUCUCCAUCUUCGUAUGCCUCAAGCAGGAAUAUAUCUAUCAGUCAUGGUAUACAGGGAAACACUAUAUCAAUUGAAAGACGUCAAUCUCCAUUAGCCCAUAGACAAUGCGGUAUUAAAAAUGAUGAAGAAAAAAGUACAAUAAAGCAGGAUUAUGAUUAUAAUGAUGAGAUUAAUGAAAAUGAACAAGCUGCAACAGUUUCCAUGUCACAAAUAAAUAAUAUUAUUAAUUUACCGACAGAGGUAUUAAUUCAAAUGGUCACAGCAUUACUAGAAAAAAUUAUUCAAUCGAAUGACAAUCUAGCUGGAUUACACCAUAGCUAUGAACCCUUAAAGAGAUCACCUGACGAUACACCUUUAGAUGACUAUUAUCGUAGUUGUUAUAAUGCAGCAUUAAGUUUCAGAGGUAAACAUAUACCACAAAUCAGCUUAGAACAAUAUUUCCAUAGAAUACAAAAAUAUUGUCCCAUAACAAAUGAUGUAUAUCUAUCUUUAUUAAUAUAUUUCGAUAGAAUAUCAAAAAAAUGUAACAACCUGUCUAAACCUUCAUAUCAUCGAAAUGACACAGAUAGUGCAAAUAACGGAAAAGAGGGAUCAAUGACAGACAAAAUGAAUAAAACUGAAAGUAAUAAUUCACAAGUAUUUGUAAUGCACUCAUUUAAUAUUCAUAGACUAAUUAUAACCGCAGUAACAGUGAGUACUAAAUUUUCAAGUGAUUUUUUCUAUAGCAACUCAAGAUAUUCAAAAGUUGGUGGUAUAUCGUUAAAAGAAAUGAAUUAUUUAGAGGUCCAGUUCUUAAUUUUGUGUGACUUUAACCUACUAAUAUCCAUAGAAGAGUUUGAAAGAUAUGCUACAUUACUGUAUAGAUUCUGGAAUAGUUUAGUUGGUGUAUAA